CCAGACGUGGACGAGUGCACCGAGGACACGGCCUGCAAACACGGCUGGUGUGAGAACCUGGCCGGCUCCUUCCGCUGUUCCUGCGGGGAAGGCUUCGUGCCGGCCGCUGAUUUCCGCAGCUGUGUCGAUGUCAACGAGUGCCAGAACGGUUCGCUGUGCGCCCACGGAGUUUGUGUGAACACGCUGGGGUCCUUUAAGUGCCAGUGCCCGGUGGGCUUCCAGGCAGUGAAGGACGGGCCACGCUGCAAAGAUGUGAACGAAUGCGACUUCCCCGCUGCCUGCAUUGGGGGCGAGUGCGUGAACACGGUGGGCUCCUACCAGUGUCUUUGCCGGACUGGAUACCAGUUGGAGAGGAAUCGAAAGUGCCAAGAUAUCGACGAGUGUGCCCGAGAUCUUGACCUCUGCCAGCCGCACGGGGUGUGCGAGAACACCGAGGGCUCCUUCGUGUGCAUAUGCGAGGAAGGAUUCACGCUCGCCAAAGACCGGCAGAGCUGCGAAGAGCUGCCCCACCAUAAGAAGGAGUGUUACCUGAACUUCGAUGACAGCGUGUUUUGCGACAGCGUGCUAGCCACCAACGUGUCUCGCCAGGAGUGCUGCUGCUCCCUGGGGGCCGGCUGGGGAGACCACUGCGAGAUCUACCCGUGUCCUGUUCUCAACUCGAUUGAGUUCCACACUCUGUGCCCAGAUGGCAAAGGAUUCAUCCUGGAUGAGACCAUCCUGAACUACGGCAUCCCAACGCAUCGAGACAUUGACGAAUGCAGCCUGUUUGGCGAAGAGAUCUGCAAGGAAGGGAAGUGUGUAAACACCCAGCCGGGCUACGAGUGUUACUGCAAGCAAGGCUUCUACUACGAUGCCAACCUCUUGGAGUGUGUCGACGUGGAUGAGUGUUUGGACGAGUCCAACUGUGUGAAUGGACGCUGCGAGAACACUCGGGGCAGUUUCCACUGUGCCUGCCCAGCCUCCACCACGUACGAUCCGGCCCAGAAAAAGUGCAUCCCAACCAGCAAAAUUGGUGAGCGCUUGCUAAAUGUUUUUAAGG